CAUCCGCACAUUUCCGUAUCUCUCCUCUCAUAUUUGUCUGAGAUGAAGAGUCAGAGUGGCCGCAAAGCUUCGUCGCACCAAUCCAACGCCGAUGACAACGGUGAUCUACCGAUCCAUCGCGGCUUAUGCACAAUGGAUAUACAUGGUAGCUUCCUCAGGAGGCUUGCCUUUUUUUGACAAUAAGGCCUUCUGGGGCCUGGUUACCCUAAUGCAUCCUCUCAGCGCGUUCGGGUGUCCGCAUCGCUGGUCCUCGCUACCAACAUCGCGAGAGAGAGCGACACCCCCAAGAAACUCAAUAGAGGUAAGCAGAAGCACUCUGGAGCUUGUAUCGCACUCUCGUGUCACCUUCCGUAUGCAGACAUUGUGCGGAGUUUGCACAACCUCGAGACGCCCAAAGAGCUACCAUGAUCUCAGGCAAUGUCACCCUCGGCUCCUCAGUCCAGGCGGCCGCGAUACUCUCUGUGAUACGCAGAACUCUUCAUCAGCUCCGUCAACCUCUCCAUCGGGGAUCGAGGCCAUGAAGGUCUUGACAACGAGAACAUUUGUGGAGCCUGAACUACAGGUUUCUUACCCCGCCGCUUAGGAGGCGCGAACGCCUCUCAAUCACAGAUGACAGGUUGAGCGGCUAACAUCCACCGCCUCCCUCAUGACUGGAUGCAUUCGUGGCUAUAGUCUUCACACCAUGUGGCGCCUCUGAGCUUGAAUGGCUUCUGCGAGCAGCUGACGGGCAUCGCUGGUAGCACACGA